ACAACUAAUAUUUUUACUUUUUUUUCUUUACCAUCCCCACCUGCUAUGCUAUCGACAUGGCAGCAGCAUCUACAAGUGUGAUCCAUACCCUUCGAACCCCCUCGUUCUUGUCUACGGUCAAGCCUUUCACGAAAGAGACCUUGAGGAAGAUCCAGACAGUUCUUGAUCCCACCCCGUCUGUCGACGCGGCCAGGCCUCAGUUCAUACCCGGGAAGAAGAACGCUGCUGUUCUAAUCCCCCUCUGCAACCUCGAUGGUGUUCCGGGAAUCCUUUUUGAGGUCAGAGCAAAGCGUAUGAGGACCCAUUCUGGUGAAGUCAGUUUUCCAGGAGGAAAGGUGGAUGAAGAGGACGACUCCUUCAAGGCAGCAGUGCUUCGAGAGACGCACGAAGAAUUGGGCGUAAUACCAAAGCAAGUCGUAAUCCUGGGCGAAAUCGGUCCUCCAGAGAUUAACAUGAGGGGUGAUAUGUCUGUAUGGCCGCUCGUUGGAUUUAUUAACGCUGAGCAGGAAGAUUUCUCGACAUUGGCAGACAACGAACCUCUGCCUUCGGUUUCGAUAUCCACCAUCAUGAAGCAAGUAUCACAGGCAGAAGUCGACAACGUUUUCCAUCUGCCGUUGUCUGCGUUGACUUCUCCUUCGCGCCUUCGGCCUUCCAUGUUUCGCGGACAGCGCCCCUAUUGGGCAAUAGACGUGUCCGAUUUACAAACUUCGCAACAAAUAGAACAGGCAACAGAUACCCAUAGCGAUAUAUCAUUUCCCCCUUCACAACCAGGGAUUAACGAUAACAAUGAAAUAGGGAUUGGGAAGGACAAUAGAUUAGAAAUAUGGGGUUUAACUGGGUGGUAUCUCUCGAUGUUUAUGAGAACUCUGAAGAUGUGUUAGUAGUGUAUAUUUUGUAUUACUCGCUAGGAAUGGAUUGGUCUGGGUUACCCCGUCGUCGUAGUCUGGCUUCACUGUACUCUGUCUCUACAAUUGAUGAAUCACCAUCGCCCUCGUUCUUCUUGUGCCUU